CAUAAUUACUGAUGUUGGAUGCAUCAGUCUCUAACCAUUUUCUGAUCCUAACUGCCUUUUGUCUUUUUGCAUAUUUUUUACUAUGUUUGAUUAGAUGUCGAUAUAAUGAGUCUCUGAAGAUCAGGAAAAGAGAUUUUGAUAAAAUAUUGCAGCAGCCAGAAAUGGUUUAUCAGAAUCAGACCCCAAGUGCUGGGAGUAAGCUGGUUUUCUUUGGAAAUGGAGAUGGUGGCUAUUCAGUAAAAGAGCUGAUGCAUUCAGCGUCCAAGGUGUUAUGGAAGGGAACUUUUGGAACCAGUUUCAAGACAGAAUUGAAGGGUGGAAAUGCUGUGAUGGUCAAAAGGUUAAAGGGCAGUUGUUCUUCUGAGACAGAAUUCAGGGAGAGAGUUCUAGAGAUUGGAAUUUUGCUUCAUGAAAAUCUGCUUCCACUCAGAGCAUAUUGCUGUUAUCAGAAUGAAAAUUUUCUUGUGUAUGAUUGUAUGCGUAUGGGAAGCCUGGCAAAGCAUUUGCACGGAAAAACAUCUCCAAAGGACAGUCCACUUACCUGGCAAGUCAGAUGUAAGAUAGCUUUUGGAGUUGCCCGGGCUAUUCAUUAUCUCCACACAACUGGUUCAAACAUUUGUCAUGGAAACAUAAGAUCAUCAAAUGUCCUCUUGACUGAUACUCUUGAUGCCCGCUUGUCAGAGUUUGGCAUCGUUAGACUUAUUUCACCAGAACAUAAACCCGACCUCAUUAAUGGCUAUCGUGCACCAGAAGUGAGAAAUGCUCAUGAAGUUUCUCAAAAAUCUGAUGUCUACAGCUUUGGAGUCCUGCUGUUGGAGCUACUAACUGGAAUAAAGCCAGUCGGCACCAUUUCUCCGACUACCGGUGUUUACCUGGCUGAAUGGGUAAGAACAAUGAUCAGGGAGAAACCAAUUCUUGAAGUUUUCGAUGAUGAACUAUUACUCGAGUAUCAGGCUGACUUUGAAGGGCAAAUGGUUAAACUAUUAGAACUUGCAAUUUGUUGUACUUUUGAGUAUCCAGACAGAAGACCUUUAAUGAGUGCUGUAUUAAAGCGGAUGAGGGAGACUUGUAGUUUAAGCUCUGAAGAUUAAAUUGUGUUAAGCGCUCAUGUUUAUCUGAGGCC